AUGUAUGUUGUGGAAUUUCAAAAAAGAGGACUUCCACAUGUACACAUGCUGAUUUGGCUUGACGGACCAUCCAAAAAGUUUUUAAAAGAAAAUGUAGACAAAUUUGUAUCUGCUGAAAUUCCGGACCCUGAGCUCGAUCCUGUAGGUUAUGCUGCAGUCAAAGCUUAUAUGAUGCAUGGUCCUUGUGGUUUGCAGAAUCACAAAUCUCCUUGCAUGAAGAAUUUCAAGUGUAUCCGUCAUUUUCCAAAGAAGUACUGUGCUAGAACUGUUUUUGAUGACAGUGGUUUCCCACUAUAUAAGCGGCGGAAGCAGAAUAUUACAGUUCAUGUACACAAGGCUGAUUUGGACAAUCAGUGGGUAGUCCCGUACAAUCGUGAUCUAUUGGUAAAAUACCAAUGUCACAUGAAUAUUGAGAUAUGCUGUCAUGCACGGAGUAUCAAAUAUCUCUUCAAAUAUUGUCUAAAGGGGCACGACACUGCAACUGUUCAAAUCACUGGACAUCGCAAGAGGAAUCAAAAUAAUAGUGCUGACCAGGUGGUUGAUGAGAUCCAAGCAUAUUUUGACGGUAGAUAUGUUUGUGGUUCUGAAGCAGCAUAUAGGAUCUUUGGCUUUCCUAUUCAUCACAGAACUCUUUCUGUCGAGAGACUUUCAUUUCAUUUGCCAGGUCAAAAAAGUUGCACGUUUCGUGCUAAUGAACCUCUCCACAAAGUUCUUGAGCGUGAGAAAAAAAAGCUAAGCAAACUUGAAGCCUUCUUUAUGUUGAACACUGUAGAUGUUGCAGCACGUUGUUACACAUACGAUGAAAUACCACAACAUUAUGUGUGGCACGACACUCUUAGAAUGUGGAGACCGAGGAAAAGAGGCAACCAAAUUGGACGACUUUCGUACACUCAUCACAGUAGCGGUGAAGUUUGGUACUUGCGCAUGCUACUUACAAAGGUUCGAGGACCUACGUCAUUCGAACAUCUCAGAACAGUUAAUGGUGUUGUUUGCCAAACUUUUUGUGAUGCAUGUAAAGAAUAUGGAUUGCUGGAUGAUGACAAAGAAUGGCAUGUUGUCCUGGACCAAUGUGCAGCUGGUGGACUACCCCCACAAAUCCGUCAACUCUUUGUACAUAUCAUAGUUAACUGCAAAGUUACUGAUCUUGCAAGCCUGUGGAAUAAUCACUGGAAACAGAUGGUAGAUGACAUAUUGUUGAAGCGUCGUCUACAAAGUAAAGAUCUGAAACUAAUUCUCAAUGAUAUGCAACUACAAUUAUAUGCGCUUGCAGAAAUUGAUGAUUUACUUCGGGCAAUUGGUAAGAGCUUGAAGACAUAUUCUCAGCUGCCGCAACCUCCAAAUAGUUACUUGCAUCAUGGUACAAACAACCUGAUACUUGAAGAAACCAACUACAACCUGGCAGAAAUGAAGUUGGAACAUGACAAUCUUCUUGCCAACUGCAAUCUAGAGCAGUUGAGUGUUUAUGAAUCAGUGCUAGCAUCAGUUGCGUCUGGUGAAGGUGGCUUAUUCUUUGUAUAUGGCAGUGGUGGUUGCGGGAAAAUGUACAUGUGGAGAACUCUAAUAGCCAAAUUAAGAUCUCAAGGUGACAUUGUUCUUCGAGUGGCAUCCUCUGGGAUUGCUGCCACUCUUUUACCUGGAGGCCGUACAGCUCAUUCUCGCUUCAAGAUUCCAAUUGUGCUUGAUGAAUAUUCGGUUUGCAAUAUUGGCCACAAUUCAGAUAUAGCUGAGCUUAUCAAGCAGACAAAACUCAUUAUAUGGGACGAGGAUCCUAUGCAGCAUAGGUAUGCGUUUGAGUGUUUGGACAGGUCACUUAGGGAUAUUAUGAAGUCUGUUGAUCCAUUACGUGCAGAGUUGCCAUUUGGUGGAAUCACUGUUGUGCUCGGUGGUGAUUUCAGGCAGAUACUACCUGUAAUAACCCAAGGAGACAGAGGUGAAAUAGUAUCUGCCUGCAUCACAAGAUCACGCCUUUGGUCCAUUUGCAAAAUUUUUCUGCUUACAAGUAAUAUGCGCCUUAAUGAAGGAAAGUCUGAGAAGGAAGUCCAAGAACUUCUGGAAUUUGCCAAGUGGGUACUGGAUGCAGGCGAUGGCAAACUGCCUGUUCCAGAUAAGAAUUUACAUCCAGAUGCAAAAGAAGAUGAUAUUUUGAUUCCUCCACAGUUCUGUGACAUUGAGAAACAGAAUUCGGUUGAGAACAUGAUUUCAAGUACCUUUCCUGACUUUCUGCAGCAUUGCCGGGAUCCUAAAUAUUUGAGUCGAAGAGCCAUUUUAACACCUACCAAUCAAACUGUUAGUCAUCUAAAUUCUCUCAUUGUUGACAAGUUGCUUGGUGAAUCUUUGUCUUACUACAGCGUGGAUAGUGCUGAAGAGUUUGGUGGUACAGAGGAAGAUUUAAACCAUGCUUUCCCAAAUGAAUAUCUCAACUCUAUUAACGUUCCAGGAAUGCCACCUCACGAGCUCAAGUUCAAAGUUGGAGUAGUUGUUAUGUUGAAGAGAAAUUUGAACCAGACAUCAGGUCUAUGCAAUGGAACCAGAAUGAUUAUCACAAAAUGUUUGAAGUUUUGUGUUGAGUGCGAAGUUAUAUGUGGUUCAUUUAUUGGUACACGUCAUUUUAUCAUACGAAUGGAGUUAUGUCCAAGUGAUACGAGGAUGCCUUACAAGCUUAUCAGGAAACAAAUGCCUUUGCAGAUUUGCUAUGUUAUGACGAUCAAUAAAUCUCAAGGUCAGUCGCUUGAAAUUGUUGGUUUGUUCCUUCCUAAAGGUGUUUUUACACAUGGCCAGUAUUAUGUAGCCAUUAGUAGGGUUACCUCUCCGCAAGGAUUAAAGAUUUUCGUUGAUGAUGACAGUGGCCAGCCUACAAAUGUCACUCAAAAUGUCGUGUACAAAGAAGUUUUCUACGCUUUACCAAAUGCCUAG